AUACAAAAGUACCAGUGAAACAAAGUCAUCUAAAAGUCAAAACAACUCUCCUUCCAGGAGUGACAGCGUGGAACGUGUGAUGGAGAACGUCAUGGAGAGCCGUUACGAUUUCGAUCUGAUCUACAUCACAGAGAGAAUCAUCUCCGUCUUCUUCAUACCUGAACUGGAUGAACAACGUUAUCGUAGCCACUUGAAGGAAGUGGCGGCCAUGUUGAAAUCAAAACAUCAGGAGAAGUUCCUGGUCAUAAACCUGUCCAGGAAACGGCACGACAUCUGCAGAUUAAACCCCAGGGUUGAGGAGUUUGGCUGGCCCGAUCUACAUGCCCCGCCCCUGGAUAAGAUAUGCGCCGUGUGUAAGACUAUAGAAUCCUGGUUGAACUCUGACCCUCGCAACGUCGUUGUGCUUCACUGCAAGGGGAACCGUGGCAGGGCUGGAGUAAUAAUAGCAGCGUACAUGCACUUCAGCAAGAUAUCAGCCGGGGCAGAUCACGCUCUCACCACCAUCGCCAUGAGGAAGUUCUGCGAGGACAAAAUCUCCUCCUCUCUGCAGCCGUCUCAGAACAGAUAUAUUUAUUAUUUUUCUGGCCUUCUGUCUGGAGCAAUCAAGAUUAACAGCUCAUCCCUGCUCCUGCAGCAGGUUCAUAUUCCAGCUAUAACCAACUAUGAGCCUGGCGAAGCUUAUGCACCAUUCAUAAAGAUAUAUCAGUCUCUGAAACUUGUCUACACCUCAGGAAUCCACGAAACCAAUGGCUCCAGAAACCCAACGCUGUGCAUUAAAAUAGAACCAGCUCUACUGUUAAAGGGGGACAUUAUGGUGAAGUGUUAUCAUCGGCGCUCAGGUGUGUGCGAAAGAGAGUGUGUGUUUAGAGUGCAGUUUCAUACAUGUACAGUUCAUGGAUCACAGCUGUGGUUUGGAAAAAAAGAACUGGACCAGGCAUGCACAGAUAAACGUUAUCCAGCUGACGCUACAGUAGAGCUUGUGUUCUCUACUAGUCCAGAGCCAAAGAGAGGCGAGGAGGUCCAGAAAAAAGACCCUAGUGGGAGUCCAGGUAUCAGCUGUACAGACCCUGUAGUGCGCUGGGACUCAUAUGAAAACUUUAAUCUUCACAAUGAGGACAGUAUAGAAGAUAUCUGUCACACUCGGGGCCCACUUGAUGGCAGUUUGUACGCCCAGGUGAAGAAGCGCCGUGUACCUGGCUCCACUUCCAACAACCCACAAGUCACUGAGCCUUCCACUCCUAGUCAGUUACACUCUCUUAGCCCUGACUCAGGACACUGUUCCACUCACUCUGAGCUUGAGUUACCACCACUUAUUUCAUCUCAUUUUCCUCAUUUAAGGGAGGACAAAGAGAGAGAUGUGAAAAGGGAAAAAUCAAACGUGAGGCAGAAGGAUAGAGAGACAGCGAUACUAGAUGAUGGAGAUUGCUCCCAUUUCCGUCUGGAGCACUCUUGUUGUGGUCGCCCUUUUUCCCACCCUCAUUCCUUCUUGGGACAGGAUUUGUCUAAAACACCCCCACAAAAACUUCAUCCCAAACACUACACACUACCUUGCACUCGUACUCCCACUUUGCCUGUGUGUGAGCCCUGUGGGUCUCAGCAGGACUUUCUGUGGGAAAGAGGGCACUGUCAGCAUCACGGUUGCACUCGGUCUUGUUUCCCUUUACCUUCACCAAUAACACAUGCCCACACCCAUACUCGUUCUUCUCAUGCGCACACACUCCCAGUGCAAGCUCGUUUAUUCUGUUCAGGGGACACAUGCCCUCUGUUACAUUACCCUGCUCUAGCCCACAACCCCACCCACAUUCCACCUUCUCAGUCUUCCAAGCAAUCCUUAACUUCCAGCCCUUACCAUGAGUUACGCUUCUGCUCGACUUCACAUUCUUCCUGUUCCUGCAGAGACUGCUCACACCUGCGUGAGGAUCUGUCCCACUCUCAAAGAGUAAGCCAACUCGAAAGGCUUCCUUGGCACAGAGAGCCAGGGUUUGGAUAUAGGCAAGAGGGGGCUAUGCAGUGGGCAAGAGAUGGUGAUAUGGAGGAUCCAGACUGCUGGCAGCACAGAGCUGUUGUCCCACCCAUGAUGUCAUCCUUUGGAUAUGGACAUAGACAUUGCCAUUCCGUCUCUAAACAAGAUCAUCCAGUCUAUGGAACAGACCCAAGACAAGACUCUUCAUCGAGUCCACAUCCAAGCCCACACAGCAGUGGGUACCACAGCCCCUAUCUACCCUGGACCUGCUCUCCGUCUCAUGUUAGAGACAGUCCUGGCUAUGCUUCCAUGGCUCAAUCUCCAAACUCAUCUCCACUAGCUCACACCUCUUCCCCAAAAAGGACCAGUCUUACUCAACAACACGUUCAGACCCCCAUGCCAGGAAAAGAUCACAAUAUCCAUUUUAACCACUCAGGAGUCUCAGAUGAACAUGCAAAGGUGAAAAAUAUCCAUGAUGUUUCUUCAACAGAAGACUGUAAUACUGAUGUUUUUCUGCAAGUCCAAAGCAGUGUAGAACCACCGGUAGAGCCAGAGGACCCAGGCAGUAGUGAUGUUGAACGUGGCGAUUCUCUUGCUAACAGCGAUACUUCAACUGAGUUCUUCAAAGAGCCUCAGGAGUCAGACACAAAAUCUGCAUAUGUAACAGAGUCCACAUGCACCAGAAUCCUUGUGACUGAACCACCAGUCACUGCUUUGGAAGCAGAAUCACUUCUAUCUGUUGCUCAUAUACAAGGGAAUACCUCACUAUCUAAUGAGAUGGAAAAGAACUCUACAUGUCCUUCAGAACGAAGCUCAUCAUGCGACCUUCCUUUGUUGAACCCCAUUUCUGAAGGACAGAGCCUGACCAAUCUGACUGACAGGGUUUCUUCCAAUGAGGAUGGAAGUAGUAGUGAUUUGAGGACUCAAUCCCCAGUGCCUGAUGGAUACAUCACACCCUUGUUCCCUCUGACAUCACCAAACUACACUCUCUUGACUGUGCCUCAUCUUCCAUACACUGGCUACACUGCAAUUACCAUUCCCUCGUACCCUCCUCAACCCCCUCUCCCUGAUAAGCAGCGUGUCGGUCCUUUCCAAGAUUCUCCAAGUAUGUCCUCAGUUAGAUCAUCCACAGCAUCUUCCACCUCUUCUGUCCAGGCUCAAAUCGCCUUCUUGCCUAACGCAGACAGACAGAAAGAAACCCCAGAGCCAGAAAAUCGCGUCAGUGCCAAGUUUGUGCAGGAUACUUCAAAAUUCUGGUACAAGCCUGGAAUCUCCAGAGAUCAGGCAAUUGCUGUUUUAAAAGAUAAGGAUCCUGGAUAUUUUCUAAUAAGGGACAGCAGCUCAUUCCAAGGUGCCUAUGGACUGGCUCUUAAAGUGGCCAAACCCCCUGUUCAUGUCAGCAACCAUGGCCAGAACUCUCACUCACUGGAGCAGCUAGUCAGACACUUUCUGAUUGAGAGCGGUGCAAAAGGAGUAAAAAUUAAAGGCUGUCAGAAUGAAACCUACUUCGGGUCUCUGUCUGCUCUGGUCUACCAGCACUCCAUUACACCUGUCUCUCUACCCUGCAAACUACACAUCCCUGACAAAGAUCUUGUAGGAGAGUUGCAGGAGUUGCAGAGUGGCACCAACACCAGCACGGCUGCAGAACUUCUUAAACAGGGAGCUGCCUGCAACGUUCUCUAUCUGAAUUCUGUGGACACAGAGUCUCUGACUGGCCCACAAGCCAUCUCCAGAGCGGUGAAGUGCACCCUUUCUCAGGAACCCUGCCCUUCAGCAACUGAGGUUCACUUCAAAGUGUCUACUCAGGGCAUCACACUUACAGACAAUCAGCGCAGAUUGUUCUUCAGGAGACAUUAUCCAAUCCAUAGUGUUAUAUUCAGCUGCGUGGAUCCUGAUAAUCAGAGGUGGCCAGCUGCUAAAAAGUCCUGCAACAGGAUGUUUGGCUUCGUAGCGAGGCGCAGUGGAAGCACUUCGGGAAACGUGUGUCACCUGUUUGCAGAGCUCGAUCCGGAGCAGCCUUCCACGGCCAUCGUCAACUUCAUUAAUAAAGUCAUGCUGGGACCACAUCACAUCCGCAAGUGAGAGGAGAGAAAAGGAAGAGAAAGGAAGAAAGGAGAAAAGAAAGGAAAAAGAAAGAAAAGGAGAACAAAAUAAAGUUUUUUUUAAGUUUAUGUUUUAUUUUAUUUUAUACAAUAUAAUGGUAGAUUAAUAAUAUUGACUUUAUUAUCCAGUUCAUUAUAAACUGCACUGUGUUUUGAUUACUGAAAUGUAUAAUGUCUAAUAUAAGUGAUAAAUUUAUAUCUUAUUUAUAUAUUAUAUAAUUGAAACUAAUAUAAUAUUAUUGUAGUAGGUAUAUUCCCUUUCUGGUAUUCCUGAUUCAUAAUCAUUAUUUUGUGUUUUUUAACUGUAAAACACCAUUAAACUUUAGUGCAGUUACUUCUGAGA